UAGCUUUGGAGUGGUACUACGUUCGUGGGGCUUGGAAAGCUCGGAGGGCAACGUUUUCCUGCUGGAAGUUCAGGAAUUUUUCGAUGUGCGUGAUGUUUCAUGGUGCAUAUUCUGUAUUUUGUUGUACAAUAGGCUUGUUGCAGUACAAAGUAUUCUCGAAUAGGAGCUUUAUUUUUAUAAGUUUUUCAAAGCUUUUAGAUUGUUUAUUCUAAGGCAACCAGAAACAAUUGUGGAAGAGGGAAAGCUUUUCCGUGUAACACCUAUCCUGUCAACAGCUACUCACCCAGAAUACCAAAAUCUCAGCUUUAUGCAUAGUAGGAUGCUAAAGGUUUUCAAUUGAACGUAAUUUUGCAUGUGACUUUGUUUGAUUUUGCUUUAAUAACACCAGUGAGACGAUACUUGGAAAUGCCAUGUGUCUCAACAAGCCAAAUUGCUAGGCAAAUUGAUUUUACUCUAAUUUGAUAACAAGAAAUUGCAUCUGAAGCUGAGAUUUUGCCUGCCCAGUUGCUAAACCAGGUUAAGAUAGACUUUUACAGGUGAAUUAUCAAUGUCUAAGAUAUUUAAUUCAAACCAGAAUGGACUGUCAGCAGCAUUGCACUGUGAUAAUCUUAGUAACAAUAUGUGUAUAUUGUUUUGUAGUGCCCCAGGUUGCUCUGUAGGUUUAUGGGAAUGGCUACAGUCCUCUUGGAAGGGUGGAUAUUACUAGAUUGGAACAUGCUGACUUCAGUCUUUAUGGCAACAAGAGUUUUCUAUAGCUCUGGCAAUGGCUGGUGAAUCCUUAGUGUGAUUGAAAGCAGCACACAGAAAAACUCCUAUUUACAUCCUUUCCAGCAGGUGAUCUGGUGACAAAGCUCUGGCUACAUCUGAAAGGACAAUUUUUAUUUUUUUUCCCCCCCAGAAUUCAUUUUUCUGAGACUUAUUUCUUCUGGUAACAAUUACAGAAGCUUAAUGAAAAAAUAAUCACUAUUUCCAAUUCAAUUACAGUUUGUUAUUUCUUCUGCAUUGUAGUGUUUUUUCAUUGUAGGCCUUUGAGUCAAUAGGACAAAAUACUGUCUUUGAAAGUAAGAAAGCUGGGUGAUCAAACCAUGGUCAAAUUAUAAUAGGAUGCUUCAAGAAUAAGUUUACUAUGUUAAAUAUGCCUUUAUGCCUUUUUGUUAUGUUUGUUGUUAUUGUUGGAUUUUGUUUGUUUUGUUUGCUUGGGGGUUUUUGUGGUUUUGUUUGUUUUUUUGUGUUUGUUUGGGUGGCUUGUUUUGGUUUUUUGGGGGUUUUUGGUUUUUUUUGGUUGUUUUGUUUUGUUUUGUUUUUUGGAAACCAGCAGAUACAUGGCAACUAUCUCCCACUAAAUGCAAUUUGGGUAAUUCAUUAAAUUUUGUAUAGUAUGUUCAGACUUCAAUUUAGAAACUGUUUAGGUUAGUUUCAACAUUAGUUUUACUUUCUAAGUUAAUGUUACCACAUCAGCCUAGACCCUUACCAGAACAUGAGAAAAAUCUCAGGUAAUAAACCUCUGUUGUUUCUACUUAGUUAUCAAAGGAUGGGAAUGAUGGAAUCAUUUGUUAAAGGUGGAAGAAUUUCAAUCACAUGUUACUCAGGAUAUCUGUGUUGAUUUUGUGACUUCUGGAGACUUUUUUGUUUUUCUGGUACUAUUAAGACAAAAGAUUUUCAGCAUGUACGAAGACCUAGAUAAAUUUCAGCGUGCAUUGGCAAGAAUCAGUAGUUUUAAAUUCCCAAAGUAGUUUUCCUAAAUUGUUACAGUUAUUUUAAAAAAUUGCUUUUUGCAGAUUUUCCCACUUUGGGAAUAGCUUUUACAUUUUCAGCAUCCCAUAUAUGCUAUGACAGCACAGCUCUAAUAUUGUAAACAUUUUUGGUCAUCCAGUUUUUACUGGAAAUUUGUAGUUACUAAAAUAUUAAUUUGAUGAGUAGUUUUGUACAAGCCAUAUCUUUUAAGAAGCAAAAGGUGAACCUUAGACUUGAGUUGCAUGUAGAAGCUGCUGCUGCACUGUGAUCUCUGGGGCUUUGUGUGGGCCCAGACCUCUGCCCAUGGCUGCAGGGUCAGAAUCCAGCCCUGAGCCUCCCUCUUCCAAACCACCCCUAACAAGACCUUGCCAUUGAUAUGAAGCCAAAUCCAGCUUAAGCUGAAAAAGAUGCAUCUCUAGCUGAGCAAAUGGUGUUCUGUGUGCCCACUCUAUUUGCAAAUCUGAUUUACAGCCUGUGGCAGUGGGUAAUUUGGAGAACUGCAAACAUACAACCAUGAUUGAAAAGUCCAUCACCUGCCUGACAGUUCUACUCUGCCAUGCAGGUGUUGGGGUUUUAUUUCUGACUUUUAUUCUGCAGUGCUUUUACAGAGACCCAGCAUCAGCAGCUGUGACACAGACAUCUGGGAGUGUUCCUGUGCCAGUGUCAAAGCCGAGUUGUCAGGGCAAGGAGUUGCUCUGUAGCCAUCACUUUCACUGCUGCGAAGAAAUGAUGUGUGAAGAGGUAACAGGUUUCACAUUGCAAACAACACUCUUCUGUUGGCAUGGUCACACUGAGAAUUUGUUUCCUUUGUGUGCUGGGUGAGUAAAUACCUUCCUGUGGUAGCUGUGAGAGGAUCAGUCCCUUUCCUCUGUGCAGGAGCAGGAUGUUAAACACCAGCCACUGUGAGGUGCUGGCAAGUGGACUCAGGCCAUCAAGGUGUGACCACCUCUGGCUGAUGUCACAAGUUGGUUUUGACAGACAGUCACAAACCCAAAGCUGGAUAUCACAACUGACUAUACUUAGGAAGAAAAUAAAAGAUGUUUUCCACCAAAGUCUUAUUAAUUUGUCAAAAAUGUAUGUAUUCGUAGUAGCAGAUGGUCAAUAACAGAUGAUAGCCUCCUCUGUAAAUUAAUGGCUGUAAUUCACUUGAGGGGAUCUGCUGAUGUCAUAAGCUGCCAGAGUGCAGCUUGAGUGAUUUAUUAACAGCUGCAGAAACCCUAGGCUGAAUUACAUCCUUGUAUUCACUUAGGGUCUGCAGAUAUUUAUUUAUAAAAUGUGUAGGUUUGAAUUUCUUGAUGCUUAUAGGGAUGUCUUCUGUGACUCCAAUGUAGGGGCACAGUGAAAAAAUGCUGAGUAUAAAAGCUCAGAUGCCUGCCCAUGAUUAAAGGCAAAUUUUCUCCACUGCUGCAUGUCAACAUCAUCCCUUUUCUUUAUGUUUGAAAUCAGCUAAUCAGUAUCUGUAGAGGUUUACAUAAGUCCUGUUUUGGGUUUUGUUUCUCCCCACCAUCAAAUAUAAAUGAUGUCAUUAUCUUCACGUGCAGGAACCUCUGUCACUCAAUGUUGUCGUCACAGCCUCUGUGCACAUUGGGCUGUGUCCAGCCCAAAAAGCUGGGAGAGGGUUGAGGAGUUCAGCUGUAAGUGCUAUCUGUAAUAAUAACUGGAUUUUGCUGUUUAGAAAGAAGGCAAUGGACACAGAAGGCUAGAAAAGGUGCCUGGAAACCAAAACUGUUUGUGUACGGGAAGGGGAUUCUCCAUGUUCAGGGAGAAAACCUUCCUUUCUUCCAUGAAAAUGGUGAAAAUAAAAUUUUUCUGAAUAGGGAUCCUAGAUUUAUUACACCCUUCUAACAUAUGAACAUAUGUAAGCAAAUGAAACAAUAAUAAUUUCAAUUCCUUUUUCCUUCUCCCCAGAAAAUUGGAGCUGAUUAGGAUGAUAUUAAAUCCUGUUUCUCAAAUAAAGGAUGCAUUUCCAAAAUGAGUGAAUGACAUUUACCCAAUACUACUUUGGGCAAGGAAGAGUCAAUGUACUCCUCCCUACCCAACCUGAAUCAACAAAUAAAUGACUUUACCUCCUCUUUAAUUACAGAAUCUGAACUGCAAAUGUCAGUCAGCUCAGAUAACCAGUGUCUCCUCAGGGAAGAGAGCCAGGGAGCUCCUCAGUGGGAUCUAGAAAAGGAAACACCUGUUGGCACUCAAGCAGAAUUUAUUAAAUUCCAGCCAGAUCCCACCCACUGUGCUGAUCUUCUUCACCUGCACUUCCAACAAGAUGAGGUGGUAUGCACAGUGCAGAGUGCCAUGUGGACCUUGGGUUAUGACUUUGUUGGAGCACAACAAGCAAGGGGGACUGAAGCUGCCGUUCUGACAAGUAAGAAAAGCUAUAUUGCAGUGGAUCUGAAGUUGAUAUAAGAAAGCAUUUCUUCUGGGAAGAGAAGCUUCCCUGUAAGGCCAACCCUGAAGAUGUGGACUGCCAUUGUGUUCUUCCUGCUGAUUUCCAUCUGUAUAUGUGAACACAGGUUUUCUGUCCUGAAAGGGAGAGGAGUCCAUGUAGUGCAAAUAAACAGACUUACAAGUGAAGAGCAAUGCAGGCAGGCUUGUCAGAGCACAGGGAGCCAUGACUGUAAUUGGUCUGUGCCCUACCAAAAUCACUGCCUCCUCCUGCAAUGUUACCAGCUGAGUGUGUGCCAGAAUGCUGGAGAACAAGACAUCAAAGACCUGCUUGCAGAAAUUGUCAGCAGCAAAUGGGAACCAGCCCUGUUUCACCACCAGAGCCAUCUCCAGAAAACAGAGAGGAUGCUGAAUGCACGGAUUGACCAACACAGUGUGGAAAACACAUUUUCUUUAAUUGCUCAGGCUCACAAUAUUCAUUUGAGGCGUUUGCCUGGGAUUGAGAAGAGAGAUGUCAAAAUAAGUACAAGAAAACUAACUGCAAGCAAUGCUACCACCACUGCCCCUGCCAUAACAAUAAACAUUACAAAUGCAACUUUCUCUACCACUUAUGAAGCAAUUGCCAAAGCCUCAAACACCCCUGGAGGUUCUGAUACCUUUACUACAGCCAUGUCAUCCUCUGCUUUUUCUCCCCCUCACGGUAACAUCUCUGCUCCCAUUUCCAGCAAUGUCACCCAGAUGGUGAUGACCAGCCAAAAGUUACGAAAUAGUAGCUCUGUCUCAGUAUUGUCCCCCACUUCUGCUCCCCUCACUGUUACUUCUGAAGCAGGUACCCAAGCACAGCAGCCUAGGUUGGGUACCACCAGCAGCAGUGCUCCUCACCCUGACAGUGUCACCAGUGCUGAAGAUGACCUGAAGACGCUGAGCACAACACUGAGCACCCCCAUCCUGCAGGAUGUAGCAACAUCUUCUAGUGCUUCCAUGCGUACCAUGGCACCCAUCCCAACAGAGAGUUCUCACUCUGUGAAUCCAGUGCAUGCUGGCACGUCACCAGAGCUAAAGCCAGAGGCAAAUACAGCCACAGCAUCCUUGAAUGAAUCAGCUUCUCCUCUGGGCUCUACAAGAGGUGCCAUGGUUUUAACUACAACCUCUACAGUAGCAACUACGACGGAACAUGGGCUAAAGUCAACAUCUGAUGUCUUUUCAACAACCAUGGCUCCAACAGAUGCAGCCAAAACAACAGCUUUGGGCCUCACAGAAGCUCAGCACAGAGACAACGAGUAUCUUCUCAUUGCUGCUGAGCCCCUGACUCAGUACUUAGUGGAUGAAAGUUCACUACUUGCAGUGCUUUUAGUUGGUACGUUCUUUUUCUUAACUGUUAUAGUUCUUUUCCUCAUGCAGGCCUAUGAGAGCUACAAGAAGAAAGAUUACACACAAGUGGAUUACCUGAUCAAUGGAAUGUAUGUGGACUCAGAGAUGUGAAGAGGUGGGGAUGAAUAGUAGGCAAGAGAUGGAAAGGAGAAUCAAAGUCUGCAUUACUUGUUUUUCCUUUCUAUCUCUGCCUAUAACACAAACUGAAAGUGCUUCCAAAUUUACUUGUAGUGCAGUUGAGGAGAAAUGCCAUGUACUGUAUUAAGAAAAAAUAAUAGUUUUUUAUUCAAUUGUGCAACAGGUUGCUGUAAAACCAUUAAAAAAAGGAAUAAUUUUUAACAUUUUCAUAAUGCACAGUAGCUUUGGCCAUUAUAGUUCAUUGCAAAGCAAAUCUAACAAGGUGUAAGUUGCCAUCCUCUGAAAAUGCUAUAGUGCUUUUCAGCGGUUUACAGUGCAGGUUGUGUUUCAUCAGUUUCACGUGUGCUCCUCUGAAAACAGAGCAAAGGAUGCUGUCACCUUUUGUGAAGUGCCCCCAGAUAGCCAGAUGAAAAGUGUGGAGUACUGUUGCAACAGGGGACUUCUAAUGCAGUGUGUGUCAUAUUUCAAUGUGCUUCUUGCUUAUGAAGAGGUCUGUUUACAAGGUAUUGUAAACUCUGUUUACUGCUAACCCAAGGUAUCUUUUCACCAGAGUGGAUUACUGUGCCUCUGCACUUAAAUGAUCUUAUUUUUAUAUUCAGUUAAUAAACAGAGCCCUGGAAGGGCAGAUCUUC